AAUUACACUCGACGUGACCGUGUUUGCUAACUAAACACAACGCACGAAAUGAUGUUUAGAGCAUUCUAAAGUCAAAGUCGAGCAGGGAUGGCAAGCACCGCCAAAAACGUGUUUGUCUACCCUGUAAAUAGCUAUGCAGGCAGAGCUGUCGCGGAGGCGUUCGCGGCCGCGGGGCACUCCGUGUCGGGUGUCGCCACCGGCACGAAGGAGGUCCCGAGUUGCGUUAGCACCUUGGUGCAGGCUGAUGACGACGGCGCUGCAGUGGCUCACAAGCAGCUGCUGGGGACGGCCGAUGUGGUGGUGUACGACAUGCUGGGGAAUGAGAAGGAAUCACGGGACGCACUGGUGCACCUGGCGCAGCAGCCGUUCGGCGGGCGCGAGGUGCUGUUUGUGGGUGUAUCCAGUCCGCUGGUGUGGGCCGCCACACGCCCCAACCCGGAGGCGGUGUUCUCCAGCGGCAGUGGUUUCAACAUCAGCGGCAUGGGCGCCGUCAACGAGUGGAGCCUGCUGGGCAACGGCAACGGCGUGGAGGGCCUGUUGAACGGCUUCGACGGCGCCGGCGGGGAGGCCGGCGAAGACGUGGACUGGUCUGCAGCUGCCGGGGGCGGAGUGGGAGUGGGUGGGGGUGACGGCGGUGUCCUGGGCGUGCGCCCCUCCGCGCCCAACGUCAACCCCUUCGCCGCCGGUAGCAUGGGCUCAGACCAUGGCCUGGGUAUGGGCAGGUCGGACGGGGCUGGCGGCGGCGGCCGGCCCUCCACCUCCAACCUGCCCACCUUCUCGGCGCCCGACGACGUGGCGCGGCGCUGCCCUGCCGUGUCGGCGCGGGCGCUGCUGGCGCUGGAGCAGCUGGUGCUGCGGGGCAGCCGCCGCGGCCGACUGCGCACAUGCGUGGUGUGUCCGGGUCUGCUGUACGGGCAGGGCGAGGACGAGGCGGGCUUCUUCAACGCAUUCAAGGCCGCGUGGAGCAGGCAGUGCCUGGCGCGACCGGGCGCGCCGGCGCCCCAGCCCGGCGAGCCGGUUCCGGCUCCGCCCCGUGCAUUGGUGUACGGGCGCGGCAGCAACAUCCUGCCCACCCUGCAUGUGGCGGACCUGGCCUCCUACGUCAUGGCGCUGGCAGGGUUGGGCGGCGCAGGUGCAGGCAGCGGCCUGGGCGCAACACAGGGUCAGGGGCAGCAGACCGCCGGCGUCUCGCUUACGGGCACGCAGUCGCUGCUGCCGGGCACGCAGUCGCUGCGGCCGCAGGCCACGCCGCCACCUCCUGGCACCGCGCCGCCUGGCACCGCGGGCUCCCCCACGCGGCUGCUGGUGGGCACGGCCGGCACCGCGCCGCGCACCGCCGGCCCGCCGCCCGGCACCGCCCCCGCCCACCCUCCCCCGGGCGGCAGCUACCACCUGGUGACGGACGGCAGCCGCUACAGCCAGGUGGAGCUGGUGCGCGCCAUUGUGGCAGAGCUCAGCCUUGGAGGCGCCAAGCGGCCAGCCGCUGCUGCCGGGGCUGGGGCGGAGGCGGGGGUGCAGGCGGACGAGGACGAGCAUGGCCCCACCAUCGACUUCAUCCCCGAAUCCCAGCUGCACCUGCACUCGGCGCCGCCCUGCGACCGCAUGCUGCUGGACAUGGCGCUCACCACCACACCGCUGCAGCCGCCGCUGCCCGACUGGGCGCCCGCGCACCCGGGCGGCCUGCCGGCGCACGUGGCCGAGGUGACGGCCGAGUUCGCGGAGCGCCGCCGCCUCACGCCGCUGCGGCUGCUGGUGGCGGGGCCGCCGCUGUCCGGCAAGACGCACCUGGCUCGGCGCCUGGCACGCCGCUACGGGCUGGCCUACAUCAGUGUGCCGCUGCUGCUGGCGGCGGCGGCCGACCCCGCGGUGGCGGCAGCGGCGGGGCUGAGCGCGGCAGUGGCGGACCCGGCGCUGCUGAAGCAGGCACAGGCAGAGGUGGCUGCGGGGCCGGGUGGCACGGCACCAGGCGGCAAGGAGUCCAAGGAGUCCAAAAAGGACGAAGGGGCGGGCGGCGGCUGGGGUGGCGGCGGCCGGGUGUCCGCCAAGACGCUGGGUGCGCUGCUGGCAGCGGCGGUUUCGGACCGGCGCUGCCCCGCUGCCUGCCGCGGCUUCGUGCUGGACGGCUACCCGCGCAGUGCAGCUCAGGCUCGUGCGGCCUUUUUUAAGCUGGAGCACGACGAGGCGUCAGCGGCGGCAGCGGCAGCAGCGGCGGCAGCUGCAGCUGCAGCGGCCGCAGCGGCAGCGCCUCUGCCCCCGCCUGGGAAGCCAGGACAGAAGGGCGCCGCGGCUGGCAAGGCAGCUGCAGCGGCGGCGCCGACAGCGGCCGCGCACGGCGCCGGCCACCCGGUCCACCCUCCCGGGGCCUGUGCUGACGUGUUUGAUGUGCCGGUGGGCAUGCGGCUGGUGGUGAACCCCGCCACUGCGCCCACGCACGUGCUGGAGCUUGAGCUGCCCGGCGGCGAGGAGGAACUGCGGACGCGGCUGGCGGCGCUGGAGGCGCUGGCGGAGGAGGAGGCGGCACGACUGGCGGCCGAGACGAGCAUCCACUCGGACGCGGGGGACAAGAAGGGUAAGGACGCCAGGAAGGGUGGCGCUGCGGACAAGGCCGGCGGCAAGUCCAAGGACGGCGCGCCGCCCCCGCCAGCCGCCAGCCCGGGCGCCGCACUGCUGGGCCACUAUGCGGAGCCGGGCCUGGGCCGCCGCCUGGCCGCUUUCCGGGCGUGGCGGGCGGAGGAUGCAGAGGACCUGGCCAGCCGGGUGGCGGCGGCGCAGGCGGCGUGGGAGGCGGAGAAGGCGCGGCUGGAGGCGGAGCGCGCGCGCAUUGCGGCCGAGAACAGCACCCUCAAGGCCAAGCGCCGGGCGGCCAAGGCUGCAGCGGCGGCGGCUGCGGCGGGCGGGCAGCCGGGCGAGGGCAUCGCGACGUCGCCCCGACCCAAUGGGGUUACCAUGGACCUGGAUGAGUCAGCCAGUCCGGACGUGUCGCUGCGGGCUGGCGGCCCAGGAGGCCCGGCUGACGCGCCGCCCCCGCUGGUGCUGCCGCAGCACGGCGGCCUGGUGGCGCUGUGCGUGGACGGCGGGGCCGCCUUCUCCGCCGUCACCAACCCCACCCUGGAGACGGGGCCAGUCGUGACGCUGCUGCCACCGCCCUCGCAGCCGCCGCUUACCGCCGGUGUGCCCGCCACGGUGGCGGCCGCGGUGGCUGCGGCGGCGGCACAGGCGCUGGGGGCUGUGGCCGGCACACCGCUGCUGCCGCUGCCGCCGCCUCUGCUGGCACUGGAGCGGCAGGUGGAGGAGUCCGUAGGAGUGCCUCACAAUUUCGACGGCUUCCCGCCGCCCGAGCCGCGGCAGUCGAGUGCGGAAGCCGCGGAGGUGGCAGAGGCGGAGGCUGCUGCGGCUGCUGCGGAGGCGCAGCGCCAGGCAGCUGAGGCGGAGGCGGCGGAGGCGCUGUCACGCACCGCUGCAGCGGCUGCAGCGGGCGCCGAGGCCUCCUACCAGCAGUACCUGCGCGGCGGUCGCGCCUCGGCCGGCCGUGCCUGGCUGAUGCAGCGGGUGAUGGGCGUGGUGACGGCGGCGCUGACGGAGGUGGCGGCGGCCACUGGCGGCAGCGACACGGCCCGCGCGUCUGGGCCGGCGGCGGGACCCAAGGAGGCGCUGCUGCACGUGGCGGCGGCGCUGGCGGCGGCGGCGGCAGCGGAGGAGGGCGGCUUCACCGACCCCUACCUGGAUCCGCAGUACGGCAUACAGCUGGAGAAGAUAGAGGCCAAGGCGGCGCGAGAGAGGGCGCGGGCAGAGGCGGCGCGGGAGAAGGCGGAGAGGGAGAACGCGGCUCGUCAGCAGCAGGCGCUCGACGAGGCGGCGGCGACAGCCAGUGCGGCGACGUGACCCAGUGGUGCUGAGGGGGUGCUGCUGUACGUGCGUGCAUUCGUGGUGAUUAUACUUGCGUGUGUGCGUGGAAUGAGGGUGCGGGUAUGUGUGCGUGUGUGUGGGGGGGGGGCGGGUGUGCCUGAGGGUCACACAGUGAAGGUCAUACCAUGCGUACGGCCGGCAGUCUAUCCCGUGCCUACUUGCAGCUGCAUAUGCGAGGAGUUGUGCAACGACAAGCUGGAAACGGCUGCACGUAUGAUUGGAUAGUGAUUGUACCUUUGCGCGGUAUUGCCACAGCCAACGGGAGACUAUCGACGCAUGUGCAUGCUGAUGCCGACGGAAUGUAAGGACGAUUA